AUACUAAUAGAUUCAUAUCUGAAAAAAAAAUUCCGGUGGUAUAACUUCUAUAAUACAUAGUUCUCGUUUUGUUGGUCUAAUUGAUGGUUAAAGCAAGAUCUUGAAAUACGUGAACACAUGAAAUGGAGGGGUACAUGUCCCAUUGUACUACCUGCUUACAGUACCGACGAACUGACACGAAGGGCCCACCCGUCGGGCUGAUGAGGCAAACCACGUGAACACGUAUUAUUAUGAGUACGCUUUCUAGCUGGACCAGGCGUCCAAGUCGCUCGCGCUUGCUGCAGUGCGGCACCACCGUCCAAGAUUAGGUUGGCGGCGUGGUGGCCGGCGGCGAGCGAAGACGACGAAAGCCGCGGCCGGCGUGAAGGCGACGGUGAUGGAAGCCGCGGCGAGCGCGAAGGCAACAACGGCGGAAGCGGCGCCAAGCUAGGGCCCAGGCGACAGUGACUGAAGACGCCGCGAGGGCUCAGGCGACACAAGACACGGCUUGGGACUUGGGAGGCCCCAUGGUGGUUCCGGCCGAGGGGAAUUGGGUUUGGGAGGCGAAAUGCUCGUGGCAGGAGGUUUCUGAGCUGCCCCUAUAAGGGUGAUGAUUGCCGCGGACCAAUCCAGUGGGUCGGCAGAGUGUCAGAGCAGAGAGCUGGCUGGGUGAUUUCCAAGUUGUAAAAGUACCAUGAGACUCUUGUGGCUGAGAUGGAAAUCGGCGGACUGGAAAUGGAGUUGUCUAAUCUGAAGAACUAGAGUACACUUGUAAGCGUAUUGGAAUAAUGUGUGUCCAGGUGGCUUGCCUCGUCAGGUGAACCUUCUUGUCAGUUCGAGGGCAAUUUGGUAAAUGGGCUGCAAUUGGCAACAAAUUUUUUAAAUGGGGUACAUUGGUGACAAAACUCUUCAAUGAGGUACCCACUGUCACAAAUGGGAUCUUUGAGGGUACAAGCUGGAAUUUAGUCAACACAUUAAGUUAACCCAGAUGCUGAACCAAACAUGUGAGGAUCGAUAUCCAUCAUGAUCAGACCAGAUCAUCUUUUGCCUUUUGCUUUAACUUACUUCCCUUUGUAAAGAAGGAGGUGAUAUGUGGUCAUCAGAUCACAGAUUUUCCUCUCCGUCAAAAUUCAUGUUGUCUCUUUCUUAUGAUCUCCCUUACUUUUAUACUUGUCACUGCGGCACAGAUCACUCCCAAUUAUGUUUAUCCAGUAAUUGCCCUCCUGAGCAUGACAUGCGCAGUCCUGCAUGGUUCCAGAAAAGAUAUAUAGCGUACUUGUUUGCAACUUUAUUAGGAAAAAUCUGCUACCUAGCCGAUAGAAACACCCAAGUAUAUCAAAUCAAUCAAGUUGGAUACUAGUAAACAGCAAUAUCAUCAUCCAUCGAAAUGCCCAAUGGGGUAAUUAAUUAAGCGGCGCAAGUGUUACAGAUAUAUAAACCUCAACCACGAAUCUCACAGCUCGAUCAACAUCAAUCCUUCUUGCUUUAAAACCUUAAGCAUUAAUUAUGCAAAUUCAACUUUAGAUAAAGUCCUUUGGCAGGGCAUGCGCAUGUCAAGUUAUUCCGAUUCUUCUUUGAUCAUGUUGGUCCCCUUUGUCCCUUUAUCCUUUAUCUAUGAGCAAAAUCUAUUCCUUCCUUGUUCCUGUAACCAAGCAUCACAUCUUUGCUCCGGCUGAUGUUUCAGUUUGUGUAAAUAUAAGCCAUCGGAUCAAACAUUGCAACGCCUCGCCCUCCUCUCCUAGCCAUUUGUUUCUUGCAACCAAAACUUUCGACCUUGUUCUUCAAAAUUCUCUGGUGUUUUCACUUACUCUUGUGCUUUCACAUCUAUAGGACUAAUUCAAUCUGUUUAAUUCUAGUUAUCAUUAAAAAAGGAAAAAAAAUGGUGUUUCUCCCUCUUGACUGUGUUCUUCGCAUAUACAAAAUAGUAUUUGUUUCUAGUGAUAAGUACGAACAAAACAAAAGAUAUAUAUGCCUGUUCCAUGUCAUUGUUCUUUCUUCUACAUUUACAAAUUAAUCUUUUUUCUCUAGUAUUCAUUACAAAAAUAAAAAUAAAAGAAAUAUUGGUGUUUUUUCCUUCUUGAUUCUUGCUCUUUCACAUAUAUAAAACAGUCUUCUUUAUUGUAAUCAAUACAGAAAAAAGUUGGUCUUCCACUUCAGCAUUGUUCAUUCACAUCUGCCAUACAAGUAUUUUCUAGUGACUAAUAUUGAAAAAAUAAAUUUGCUUCUCUUUACUGUUGCUCGUUCAGAUCCACAACUGCAAUUUGUUUUUUCUUUCGUUUUCAACCAAGAAACAAAAAAAUUCCCUAAAAUAAGCACUGGCUUUCUCUCUUUGUUAUCUAAUUUGCUUGCUUCAGUAGUUACCAGUUCCUCCAAAAACACCAAAAGAUUGUUGGCAUUUCUGACCAUCGAGAUUUUUGAAGAAGAUCUAAUUGAUAAGAUCGAACAUCUAUCAGCAUCCAUAUUACUCACGGUGAUAAAUUCAGCCAGCAGGACCGUGAAAGGAAGCUCUAUAUAUUGAUUGAGUAUUUAUUGGCAGCCUUCAGUUUAAGUGUUUCUGAGUAUUGCCUCCUUUGAUGAUCUAAGAAGCUGCGUGACAUUAUACUAUACCAAGUUAUUCAUGGUUUUUUAAGUUUCUCAAAGAUCAUACAUAGCUGAGAGGUUAAUUUUGUGGAAACUAAAAGUUUGGUACACUACUGAAAAUAAGUCAUGGCGCCAUCUAGUUUUGAGCGGACAAUAUGGCUUAAGAAUCAGAGAGAUAAAGACUUUUGGCUGAAUGAAGAUCGCUGGCCGUAUCUAUUUCUUAACGUACCAGGUAGUUAUGUGUGUUGGAGCGUUGGUGUGGGACCCAUGGCUUCAUUCACACGUGCUAUAUCAAUCAGGGCUGUGGAGAAAAUACAUCAGCUCCAUGGGCCUUUCAAACACGUGAUAAAGGUGGAUCUGGACCCGGCAUUCAUGAGCAUAAAGUACCAGUUGGCCAUCGCUGCGGCAAAGGAGCUAGGCCUGCUGGACGAAGAAUACAACAGGAUCAAAGAAGAGUAUGAAGUGCUGCGAUACUACUCCUACGAGGGCAAUACUUACGAGUUGGAGAAUUACGCGCGGGAGAGACUACUCCCUCGGAUCGGCAGUCAGUUGUCAUCCGAGAAGUACAUGCUGGUUGUCGAGAACCUCCAGUGGCCAAUUGAGACUAGCAGUUUUUCUGAGGAUGUCGGGCUUCCUCCGCCUACCUGGGCAGAAUCUCGAUUGUUCAUCUCGGUUACUUCUCAAGAUGCCUACAACAGGAGCCGGCGGAAGUUAAUGGAACAAGCUAUAUACAUUAACAAUGAGCAGGUUAUGAUGCUUACCCUCUGUUCACUGCAUCACUCGGCCGAACACAUAUUCAACAUGAUCCAUCAAGAAAGGAAGGAGUACUGGCAUCACAUAGCCAUCAAUUGCUUCCACUAUGCUAUGUUGAUCUUUACCAAACAUUCACAGGUAGUGCCUGUUACCUCAGACGAGCUCAUCCACCACUGGGCUGCCCAUGGAAUCCUCCCUCACGUCUCCAUCAAGGAAGAAGCAAACAUGCAUAUAUCCAUCAGCAAACAUGCCUAUAUGCAUCAGGUUGGAAUGGUCAUCCUUGAAGCGUUUGAGAAAUACUCUUUGUUGCAGCUGCCUUAUUCUCCUGCGAAUGACCCUGAUGGAGCCACCGGUACUGCUGUGCAAUUCUUUGCAUACCAUGGCCUCGUUGCAGAAUGCAUCACAUUAGAUGAACUCCUUGAUAACAAGAAAAAUUGGAUCUCCUUCGUUGAUGACCAUGGAUGGCAUGUGAGCCGAGAAUGGUUGAGCCAAGAGAAACCCAGGGGCCCGACUUCACUUAUUCUAAGAGGCUGCUCACAACAAUCACCCAUACUGUCCAAGCUGGACCAUUUCUUGCUCGAACUAUGUUUUCUCCGUGUUCUUGAUCUCUCCUACACUCCACUAAAGUCACUCCCUUCUACCAUCGGUUCUCUACUGAACCUUUGGUUGCUUUCACUCAGGGGCUGCCAUCAUCUUAAAACUCUUUCCACUUCAUCCACAACUAGUGCCACAGAGUCAUCAACAAAUGCCAGUUCAUAUUCACCAUUGUCCACUCUAUACCUGCUCCAAAUUCUUGAUAUGAAUGGAGUUCCGUUUUCCCAUCUGCCACAAGAUCUCGGCAACCAAAAGAGCAAUUUGAUAUAUCUUGACAUGUCCUUUUCAGAAAUAACUAUUUUUCCUCCCAAUUUUUUCCAAGGCAUGUCAAAUCUAGAAGAGCUUAUCCUUGUCAACUGCUCUAAACUUGUGGAGUUAUCUCCUUCCAUGGUCGCGCUAUCCAGUCUAACAACCCUUGAGGUCACUGGGACUCAAAUAAGAUACUUCCCCCAGAAGAUAUUUGAAGAAAUGCAGAACCUUCAGUCACUGAAGCUCAUUGACAACAAGAAAUUGAUUUCACUCACAGGGUCAAUCUCCAUGGUCCUACCCACUGUAGGAUUGGACUCAUUCAUGGUGGAAGAAAACAAAUUGGAAGGGCAUCCUACCCUUGUAUCCUUCAUCUUGAUCCGCGCACCUCACAUAAGGCGAUUAUCCUUGCGUGGAUGUAGAAAACUUGAGGCCGUCGAGCUCAAGAAUCUUGAUGCUUUGGAGGAGCUUGAUUUGUCAGCUACAGCUAUCAAGGAUCUCUCUAGCGAUAUCCCUAAUCUCCCCCUGCUUAGGAGAUUGCUCCUCGCCGGUGUCCCUUCUCUGAGACGAUUUCCUUGGCAUAUGCUGGAGCGACUCCCAAAUGUGUUUUAUUUGGAUCACUGCACAGAUGGAAUUGGUAAACACUCUGAUCAGAUUUGUUCUCAACUGUGUGUUACUGACUUUAGGUUCUUUUGCACGUUCAAUUAUAGUGUUGCACAUUUAGUAAGGGAUGGACGGUUUUUCCAAUCUUUCUUUGUUCAAGCCGCACCAUGCAUUACAAAUACUAGCAAGCAGCUGCAAGAUGAAGAAGCCAUGGUCGAUACCAAGUUGCAGGAGUUGUUGCAGAAGCAAUCAACAUAUGUGGAUGUAUAUAGAAGCUGUUAUAUACAGGAAGUUGCAAUUGCAUCACCGAUUACCGUUCCCCUUCACCGAACUGAGCGCCAUGUGGAGAUCACAGGGAUGCAAUCGGUACUUAAAGAUUUGGGAUAUCUUCUAUAUGUCACCAAAUCAAUAUCAGUAACAUGUGAUAGUUCUAUCAAGUAUUUUGAUUGCUCUCGCUAUGUCGGCGAGCUGGAAGAAUGUGAGCUUCGUUGGUGCCAUAAAAUGGAAGAAGUUUUCAAUGGUCACACACAAGGCUUAAAAAAUCUACGGAAUGUGCAUGUCCGUAACCUGAAAAGUCUAGUUUGCCUCUUUUCAAAUUACAGUUGUAAUGCCUUAAGUUCACUAGCGCACCUGCACUUGGAAGAUUGCCCAAGAUUGAAGCACGUGGUGGCACAUGGAACAACCCUACCAUGUCUCAAGACACUUGACAUCUUGUUCUGCUACAACCUCAAGACAAUUUUCAUUCGCAAUGCAUAUUCUCAGCAAGCUGAAGAUACUUGCCAGCUACCAAGCCUGCAGAGGGUACGUCUGCAGGAGCUUCCACUGCUCCAGCACUUCCACGACAGCGAUACCACCUUUACAGCACCGAUGUGGAAGGAGCUCCAUGUCCGGGGCUGCUGGAGCCUCCAACUUCUUCCGCGCCUAGAUGUCCAGCAGGCCGAGAAGGUGAAGGUGAGCGGCGAGAGGAGGUGGUGGAGCAAGCUCCAGUGGAGCCCACUCUCGCGCCGUGACAGCUAUAACCCCAAGCUUCCACCGAAGUUUGCCUCCUUGGACGAGCGCGCCGUGAUGACCAGCUACCUCAGGUGAAUCAACUCAAGCUCAACACAUCCAUGCUGCUAUCCAUCAGUUGGUAUAUAUGUUAUUUCACUUGAGCAGCAUACUCCUCUGUUCAUCGACCUUUGAUCACGGAGUACCUUCCUCUUCCUAAACACCUGCCUUGUUAACAGGAUAUAUUCCACCAUACAUCCAUACCAUAUAUGUCAAAUACCACUGUGCCCCAUCACUUGCCUGAUUUCCUCCAUCCAGUCAACUAUCAUUGUAUUUGUAUCCUUUGUCUCCAUCCCCUGCCUCCAUACAUAAAUGCCGUCUAAAUAAUUUCCCAUUUCCAGUUCUCUAUGUGACUUCUUCUGAACUAGUACCUGUGUGUGAAUGUGUGUGUAUACAUACACAAUCUCAAAAUAAAAGGUUAGGUUCCCAGCCAUCCGGUGACAAAUUAACCAUUGUGUGUCGUGUGAAAUCAAGUCCGUCCCCAGAGUGUCAUCUCUUGUACGUUUGGUGUGAUCAUCUAUAUAUGUAAGAUAUUUAUUUAAUUUGUUUGUGUGGAUCAUGAGAUGAGAACUAUAUAUUCUCAAGUGUGGUUUGUAAUGUUAACAGCUAGCUGAGCUGUGCAUUUGAUUCGUUGUACGAUUUGCUUGACUGAAGAAGUACUGAACUGCGUGUUGUAGCAGCAAGA